AGCCGACAACCGUGCUUGGCAUGUGCCAAGCUCCUCUCAAGGACGGGCUGGGGUCCGCCAAGCAAGCUCACCCAAGCAAGCUCACCCAAGCAAGCUCGCCCAAGCAAGCUCCCGAUCCAACGGCCAGCACGGAGCUGGCGCGCGUGAGGUGCUUUCGCCAGAGAGCCAAGACAUUGAUGGGCUUGUCCAGAGACUGGCGGAUCGCAAGAGCGACAUGGUGCCGCUCGGUUGGAUCGGCAGUUCCUCGACUUGCCCACUUCUCGCAGCACCAGAGCGUCCUCUGAGUGAUUUGGACGAGGGCGACGGGCGCUUCUCGGCUGCUCUCGCUGGAGCCAAGGGAACUGGCCGAGCCAGCAACCAGCUGUGGCACCCAACCGCUUUAUCGCCAUCGCCAUCGCCAUGUCGGCGCUCUCGGAUCAGAUCGAGAUCCUCCAGUCCAUCUACUGCUCCGAGGGCGAGCUGGACGUCGAGCCUUCGCUCUUGGACUGGCUCCAAUCCCGCCAGAGCGGCUGUCCCGGCUCCAAGCCGUCGGUCCUGCAGUUUGCAGUCAACGUCCAAGUGCCCGACACAGCCGUCUCGAUCCGUCUCCACUGCCGCUGUCCGCUGCUCUGCCCCACGAACAACCAUGACGACACCGAGAUUGAGUUGGACCGGCCAUCGUUUCAUUUCGGGACCUCGGCAUCGCUCUCCCGGGAGCUGCACGAAGCCCUCUCGGAAAGGCUGGACGAGCUCGUGGAGCGCAUUUUUGCCGAGCGAGAUCCGAGCGAAUGCACGCCGUCCAUGAUGACGAUGGAGAUCAUUGCCUGGAUCCACGACGACGGAGCCCGGUUGAUCCAAGAGUCGACCCUGGCGGCAUCAGGGCCGCCGCAGGACAGCAGCCCAAGCCAGGACGCUGGCCCACUCGUCUUUGCCCGUGAAUGGGUUUACUUUCCUUCCCUGAGCACCAAGGAGAAGCGCAAGGACCUGGUGGAUUAUGCACUGCGGCUUGGGCUGACGGGCUUCGUCACUCCGGGAAAGCCAGGUGUCCUCGUCGUCGAGGGCCUCGAUACUCACAUCAACACAUACUUCCACGAGAUCCGGACCGUCAGCUGGGCCGACCUUCCGCCGGCCCACAAAAAGAUGACCCUGCGGCACCGAGACAAACAAGCAAUCUCGUCCGUCCGCGAGCUCGAUGCCCUGCGCAAGUUCAAGGGCAUGGUCGAGAUUGUCUUUGAUCUGCACGGCGCUCGUGGCAACCGCAACAGCCUCUUCAAGAUGGAGACCUUUCUGGCCGAGGCCGGUUGUGCCGACGCCUUUGGCAAGCUGUUUCCCGAGUUUGGACAAGAGCUGCGGUCGCAGUGACGUCGUUGGAGCCGUUCAUAUUGUCCAUAGACAUGGCCGUCGAGGCGGUUUGCCUUUUCCAAGUCCAUCAGCGAUUUUGUUUUUUGUUUUUCUUGCGUCUCACGGCUUUCUAAGUCCGGAGAACUUGACCCUGGAGAUGCAUGCAUGAGGGGAUGGGCUGGACUCUGCCGUAUUGCGCACAAGAUCCGCUGCCUUCGUCGCGGUCGCGGUCGCUGUCAUUGCACAGUCAAGAUGUAUUGACGUCAAAUACUGCAUCGAUAAAUAGAGGUUCACAUACAUAGUCCCCAAAAAAUAAAGAAGCGUAGGCAAAAUCGAUCAUAGAAAAGUUUUG